CGCACCUCCGCAUUACUUCGUUGUUUUCAUGUUUGAAGUCUAGUCAUAGAAAACCAAGCAGCUUUAAAUCAGAAUAUGAAGGACAUUGAUUUAGUGAUGUUAUUCGAUAAAUUUAGAGGAAAAUGUCUCGAACAAACAAACAUUUCUGAUGUCGUAAUCCAGCUCUGAAGCGUCAGAGAAGUUAGCAUUGAGUUAACGUAGCUCCCUGCUCUGCCGGUUGGUCUGGAUUUCUCUGCUCUGUUGGUGAUGGAAAGGCUGAUAUCUGCCCUGACAGAGAAAAAGGUCCUUUUCACGGCUUCUCUUUUUAUACGACUGGCAUUAGUCAUUUAUGGAGACUACCAGGACAAGACUAUGGUGGUUAAAUACACUGAUAUUGACUAUCAUGUGUUUACUGACGCUGCGAGGUUCAUCACUCAGGGGCAUUCUCCGUACAACAGAUCAACUUACCGAUACACUCCUCUCCUGGCCUGGCUGCUCAUUCCAAACAUUUAUCUGAGUGAGGUGUUUGGAAAGAUCCUCUUCAUCGUGUGUGACGUACUCUCAGGUGUCCUCAUCUACAGAAUCCUCUGCCUGAGGGCUCUGAGCUCAGAGACAGUGCGUCGGGUCUGUUCUCUGUGGCUUCUCAACCCUCUGCCGAUGGGAGUGUCAAGCCGAGGAAACGCUGAGUCCAUCCUGGCAGCUCUGGUGCUUGGAACUUUACUCUGCAUGGAAGUGCGCCGUCUAACCUGGGCAGCUGUACUCUACGGUCUGUCUGUCCAUAUGAAGAUUUAUCCGAUCACAUAUGCUCUGCCCAUCAUUCUGACUCUCCGCAAACCAAAGAGUACAUCAGAAGAGGACCAAAAGGGAUUAAUGCAGAGGCUCAUUGUAUUCAUUGGAAGCUUCCUGAACAGGGAGCUGUUCCUGUUUGCAAGUCUCUCUGGAGGAGUGUUCGGUUUGCUGACAGGACUUUUCUAUUACAUGUACGGUUGGGAGUUCCUUCAUGAGACUUACCUCUAUCACCUGACCAGGAGAGACAUCAGACACAACUUCUCUCCAUAUUUCUACAUGCUCUACCUCACUGCAGACAGCAGCUGGAGCCCUUUACUGGGCCUGGCCGCGUUUCUUCCUCAGCUCAUUCUUCUGUUGAUCACAUCUUGGGCCUUUCACUCUGACCUGUCCUACUGCUGUUUCCUGCACACCGCCAUCUUUGUCUCCUUCAACAAAGUCUGCACCUCUCAGUACUUCCUGUGGUAUCUGUGUCUGCUCCCUCUGGUCAUUCCUCACCUGAAUCUGUCACUCAAACAGGGGGCGGUACUCCUAAUCCUGUGGUUUGCUGGACAAGGUAUCUGGUUGGGUCCUGCCUACUUCUUGGAGUUUGAUGGUUUAAACACCUUCCUGAUAAUUUGGAUCGCUGGACUGAUCUUUUUAAUCAUCAACUCCUUCAUUUUGAUUAAAAUUGUGACUCAUUAUGAACCAGCACAGAAAAAUUCACAGAAAGUGAAGGUUGAAUGACUUAAAUGGAUUAUAAAUGAAGAUAAAGUUGACUCUGGAAGGUUUGACAAUGAAGUUUAUAGUUUCAUAAAUCUCUGUGUCUCCUUUUAUUGCAUUCCUUUUUUUUAAAAGUGAUUUUCUCUCCAAUAAGUGCAGACGAAGAAACGAACAGAUGGAUAACAAAUGAAUGAAAUGCACUAUAUGGACAAAAGUAUGUGGCCAAAACUGUUAAUCAAUGGAUUCGAGUGUUUCAAUCACACCUGCUGCCACAGGUUUGAACUACAUGUUAAAGUGUAUUUGAAUACCAUAUCACUGCAGUCCCUGUGUACUUUUGUCCAUAUAGUAUAGAUGAUUUAAGUUGCAUGUCCGUUCCCCUUCUCCUUUACCUGCCUGUGUUUAGUUCUGCUGUGCCUGUGAAUUUUACCUUUUCAGGUUUUUUUUUGUCAGCAUAAAAAAUUAUGGUAGUGAUUUGAAUAUGACACCUUAAAGACAUAACAGAAAAUAAUGUGCUCUUUUAAAAUAUUUUAGUCAUGGAUUCAAAGUUGAUUUAAGGACGUGUCCCGCUGAAGACUUGACCCCACUUGUAGUGAACAGUUUUGACCAGCAGGUGGCAGCAUUCCCCUUCAUAAGAGACAUAUUUAAACAUCUGUCCUAGUGUAACCCUCACAGAUUACAGUAAUCUGCAGCAUGACUUCAAACUCGAACAACCAUACUACCAGUGACUAUAAUCUCACUCAACUCUCUUAGUCCUACAAGGAAACUAACAUAGUAUUCACUUUGGUCACUUCUGAGAGGGACUCCUGCCUCAUUUCUAAGGAAACGUAUAUAUUAAUAAUUAAAUAUACAUGUGAAUUUCAGAUCUCAUAGUUGAUCAUUAUGCAUGAUCAGAAUUAAUACUCCUUGUCGCUGAUCUUCAAACUCAAUCACCUGUAUUCAAUUUCAAAUUCAAAUUAGAAAGUAAGUAAUUAAGUUGGUAAAUAAGUAAAUACAUAAUUAGGAAGUAUUAGUACUCUUGUGUCUGUGUGUAUGCUUUAAUAUAUUAAUUUAUAAUAGCCAAUAAGAACUAAGCACAUUACAGUUGUAAAAAACAAAUAACAGUGCACCUUCGACUGUCGGCUUCACCUGCUGUCACUAUAGGACAGUUGUCAUCCACUAAUAGCAGCUGUCCUCCAAACUCUGCAGUAAGUCCUGUUAGUUUAAAAUUCGUGAAAUCUGAGUCAAACCAGAUAAAUGAAAGUCAGCUCACAAACUAAACAAGGUGUAAUAAUUUUACAUAAUGAUGUGUUUUUACCCUGGCUCGAUUAAAAUUUAUUUGAGUUUUUCAUUGAUUUAAUUGGUUAAUACUUUGCUCUCUCUUUCUGUGCCCUGAUUGGUGGAACCUUGAGCACGUUGAUCUUUUAUAUUUUAGUCAUUUUUAUUGUUUUUAGCGUGUUAUGUCACUUUUCAAGCAGGUGAUUCAUGUUUUAGAAAGUUGAAAGAACACAUUUUUAGUUUUUAAGUAAAUGGUAAUCAAUCAUCUUAAGUAUUUUUUGUAAUUGUCCUCACAUCAUUUGACAAUAGUCCUUUAGUUUCCCAAGAUGCCUUUGGGCAGUAGACACUUUUGCACCAUGAGUGAAGUUGUCAACUCAAUUAGAGAAGGCCUGACUGUGACACCCAAUUGCCUAUUUGCACCUGGUAAACACUGUGCUCUGCAUGAUUGUAUUUCAUCUCUACAACAUGUUUGAGUCAGUCCAGGACUAUGACCUGUUCAUGUGGUAUCAGUGUAACCAGUUACUGUUAAAGUAAUGCUACCCGUCACCUGUAGGAGAUACCUGGUGCAUUGCUCCUAAGGAAGUUUAUGCUCUCCUCUGUUGAACAAAGAUGUUGUAGACUGAAUAGGGAUGACUUUUGUGCUCAUUUUAUCAGGAUACGCUGCCACCUGUAGGAGGUCCUAGUGCACUACAAAGCUUAGUGAGACCAACAAUAACAAAGCUAAUAACAUGACUAGUGCUUCCCUAAUGUAGACAUAUGUGUUAGCGUGAAGAGCUUGUGUUAGAACAGUCACUUCAGUUUGUAUGGAAAUAAAGUAACAUAAAUGACUUUGUUUAUA